UAGGCCUACACAUUUUGUUACAGGUUAAGGAAGUCUGACUGACUACACUCACUGACUCAUGCAGUAACACGUACACUCACUGUGACUGACCAUGGCAUAGAUAAACACAACAUGUGAUGAUGUGUUUGUAUAUCUCUAUGAACUGACCUAGCCACAUCACAAGUUACCUCACUACGUGGAGACGUCGUACAGCCUGGUCGGGAUUGUGCCGGCCUAGUCUGAAGUUUCCAGUCAGGCUUUAUUCUAAUCCUACUACUAGAAGUUGUUGGACCACUUGAUUUCUGAUUCCACGAUAUGGCUGGUCUACAGACAGAACUUCAUUUAUGGACACUGAAAGAUAUAAUCACUAUACCAGAAAGUGAUAUAUCCUGCCACAGCUACCAUGACAAAAAAGAAACAGGUACAUUGAAUGUGUCUGCCCCAGAGACAACUGGCCACACAUAUCUAGACUUGAAGCAGCAGUAUAUUGAAGGUAGGGAUAUCAUGUGGGUGCCAAAGAACAAACGUCCGGAAAAACUUAGAGACUCAAUAAAGGAGUUAGAAGAACUGCUAAGCACCUGCAUAUGUGUCCAUGCUGAGUGGAGGACUAGGAGACUGUUGCAGUUGAUGCUUGACAAUGGAACCCUUGUCUCAGUGAUUCUUAGCGCCUAUUCAGGAGAUGUAGAAAGAGUAAUCAUUGACCGAUAUCUUGUUGGCAAACUCUGCUCUGAUAUUGUCGUUGAUGCUGUUAUCACAGAUGGGUACUUGAUGUUAUCAUUUCACAUCAACAAAUUGAACUACAUCUACUUCACGAAGCGCGCCCAUCCUGUUGAUACCAUCAAGAAAUGGGAGAAACUUGCCAGCUUGGAACCGAAGGUGGUGACGAUUGAAUUGCCUGGCUUCAAGAAUAGAAGAAUGGAGAGAAAGCUGUCUGGGAGCAUUGACGAUGAGCAGGUUCUUGUCUGGUGGCCAAAAGCAACAGAUGAAGCGAAGCCAUGGUCUCCACUCACCAGUGACCGAGACACGUCAAACUUAGUGGUGCUUGCUAUUAAUGGAGCUACAUUAUAUGUGAGAUGCUUUGCGACUUCUGAGAAUGAGCCAGUACAUGCAAUGUUUAGUAACAUCGAGCCACACCAGAUUCUGACAGUUGAAGUGGUCAGUCGUAACCAAGCAGCAUUUUCCGUUGACAGUUGCACAUACGAAAUCACACCUUCCCGGCUGCAGCGAGUUUCUACCAUAACAAUUCCAUUAAAAGAUACGUCUGCCACUUAUCCAGCAACUGUGGUGGCAGUUGGAAGGAAUCUAGCUGAAGACAGACUCGUUGUUACCUGCGACGAUGGAAACUUGAUUCUCUAUGACUUCACGAGAAAUGUCACGCAGAUGGCUGAUGUUUGUGUGGUGGCGCAGCAUGUUUCAUGGCACCCUCUUGGAGCUGUCUUCAUUGUCAGCAGUGCUAGAGGAGAGAUGAGGGCAUUUGAUAUGACUCUGGGUCAGCUUUCAUUGGGUGUAAUAUCAGAAAAUCCGAAACCAUCAAAAGUUCUGGAACUGAACAUGUACUUUAGGGCUCCACCGACGGUGCAGCUGAUGCAGUGGUGUGACUGUGAAGUGCGUCCUACUGACUACAUGACGGAUGUUGUCGACUCUCUUGUCCUCAUCUUUGACAGGGGUCCAGUAGGAAUGGUGCAGUUUCAGCUUGGAGCAACAUCUGGGGGUCAGUUGUCUGCUGUAGAACUCGUUAAGCAGUAUGCUAAGAGCAGGCAGCUGACGGAAGCUGGGGCCCUCCUGAACAGCAUGAACUGGAACACGGAGGGUGAAAGCUGCUACAUUUGUCUGAAUGUCAUCGUGAAUCAUCUACUGAAAAUGCCACUGAACGUACAACGAGAAACCCAGCUCGAGAGUGCAUUAGGUAGUUUUUACUCACCGUCCAAGUAUCUAACGGAUGUGACAAUUAUCGAGUACAGAGAUUCGAUCUCCCGCCUAGCACGCAGAUUCUUCCAUCAUCUGCUCAGAUUUCAGAGGUUUGAGAAAGCCUUCCUUCUAGCGGUUGAUAUUGGAGACAGGGAUCUAUUCAUGGAUAUUCACUACUUGGCCGCGGAUCGUGGGGAGCAAUCUCUGGCUCAGGCAGCACUUGAGAAGGCUGAUGAGAUAGAGUCGGUGUCAUUUUACACAGAGUCGGAAGGAGGAGAUGCUAGUGACUACACUGAGGACGAUGAGUCUUACCUUGAUGAAGAAGAUGCGGAGGCAGAUGCUGAGCAUCCGAUGGCCCGGGGAACGCGAUCACCUCCACCUGGAAGCCCCAGCCUCCUUACAGAUUCCCCACCUCCCACUGGCCAUGUUGUUGAUACCCAAUGGAACAAAGGCUAUAACACAGAAGAGAAUCUGCCACAAGAUGCCACCAAGAUACCUAACGACCAUGCACAGACGGCCACCGGCGCUGUAACACCAGCCUCUCACAAGAUGAGGCACAAAGAUCAGGGUAAGGGUGCAGCGACCUCUCACCCGGCUCCUUCCGGCUUUUAUCCUCACAACUCCAUUGCGCAUGCACUAGGUGGCGCCACCGACGCGCAGCCGCCGCCCGACACGCAGCGUGGCGCGAAGCCGACGCAUCCGUCCCACCAGGAGGCACCACUGACACGGCUCGCAUCCCUGCAGCAGCAGCUCGCGCGCGAACCCUACGCCGGCCCCACCGCGCGGCCGUUCGCGAUCGCGUCGCAGUCGUCCGCGGAGGCACGCGUCGUGAGGACGGGUCGCACGGGGGCGCCGGCGUCUCGGCCGGAGCUGCGGGAAGAUGACCUCAUCCAUGUCGUGUUCGACGCCAACAGCCUGCGGCGGCGGAAAGAUCGUCGCUCCUCCCACCGCAAGGACAAGAAGGGCAAGAUCGCGUCUCCGUUCAGGAGCAAGCCAGAGCAAAGCGGGAAACCGGCGGCGGCGACGACGGAGGAGCCUGCGCCGAUAAAGGAAGGAAGGCUCCCUCCUCCGCCCUACGCGGCCCCGCCGGGCAUCGACCAGCGGAAACUGACCGGGGGUAGCGCCGAGCCGCCGUCGUCUGCCGCGAUUCCCCGUCGAGGACCCCCUCGCGUUCGUUCCACGCAGGACGGGAGGGCUGAUGCGAGGCACGAGAGGCGGCAGCUGCGGCGCCCGCCUUCUGGUGUGCUGCACGUCCGGUUCCUGACCAGGCGGGAGCGGCGCGGAGGACGAGGAGGCGGUUGUGGCGCGCCCCUCGUGUCGGACGUCGUCCAGGCGACGGAGUAA